AACAACAACAACAACAACAACAAUAUCCUACUUACAUCCAGAGCGGACGUUCCUCUUUCUCACCUAAUUCUGUUGCUUCUUUGCCUCGACCAGAGACGCCUGAAGUAGAUCAAUUGAGACUUCGGUUUGAAAGUAUGAUCCAAACAGCUGCUCCAGCAAAUGAAAUGAUCAGAAGAAGAUCUUCUCCUAAAAUUACACCUGAAUUUGCUAAUCGUAUCAAAGACAUGAAGCCAAGAGGUCCUGUUGGUAACCGUGUCAAGACUCAUGUUCAUCUUGAUGAGCCUUAUACAAAACAAGCAGUUGUAAAAGCACUUCUUAAUUCUCAAAAGAUAAACUGGAAAGUGAAUCAAGAUAUUAGUCCCGAACACGCUGACCAAGACCUAAAAGAUGUUCAACUUCAGUGGCUUGAAUAUGAGCUUAUCAACUGGCAACAUUUGGCUAUGCGUGAUAAUUCACUUGCCAAUGCUUAUUGUAUUCGCAAAGGGUUAAUUCGUAAAUCCCAAAUGUCUUAUAAUAUCACAAAAUACUUGUCAAAAUAUCCUGACAGUAUCUUAAAGAAGGCAAUCCCAGAAACAUGGCUAUUUGAAUUAGAUCACGUGGAUUACUUUGAAGAAGCUAUGAAUGAAGUAUUUGAAGUUGAAAGAGACUUGUUAAAUGAAGAAGAAAAUCAUAUGUUUAUUAUCAAGCCAAGCAUGGCUAAUAAAGCAGCUGGUAUCAAAGUGUUCAAUUCAUUGGAUCAAUUGCGCGCCAUGUUUGAAGAAGAAGAAAGUGAUGAUGAAGAAGACGAUGACGACGACGAGGAUAGCUAUGGUAGAGAAGACUUGUCUCAAGUAAGAGAGUGGGUUAUUCAACGUUAUAUUGAUAACCCUUUGCUUGUGGAUCAAUACAAAUUCCAUGUACGUGCCUAUGUACUUGCUAAAUCCAAUAUCCAAGUUUACUUGUAUAAGGACAUGUUGGCUUUGUUUGCCAUGAAGCCUUAUGAUACCUCCAACUUGGAUGACAAUUUGAUUCAUUUGACCAAUACAUGCAUUCAAACAGAUCAAGAAGGAUUCAACGAACAAGCAUCUGUAAAACUCUUUUGGGAACUUGAUUUAUCAGAAGACAAGAAACAAGACGCUUUUGAACAAAUGAAAAAGAUUCUAGCAGACGUAUUUGAUGCUUGUGCUAGUGAAAUGACUACAUUUCAAGCAUUGCCCAAUGCUUUUGAAUUGUUUGGUAUUGAUUUCAUGAUUGAUCAAGAUAAUCAAGUUUACUUUUUAGAAGCCAAUGCUUUUCCUGAUUUCAAGCAAACAGGCAACAAACUUCAACAUAUUAUUCAAGAAUUGUUUGAAGCAACAAGUAAAGUUGCCAUUGAGCCUUUCUUUACUGGUGAAAAGGAUGUACAAGAUGAAAAAUUGGUCAAGGUUUAUGAGAAAACUUUGUUGUCUUUAUAG